AUGGCAAUUUUAAUACUGACUAUUGCCGUUGAUGGUGACAAUCUUCUUCUUACAGCUGUUCCUCCACCUGCCAAAAGCCAUCCAGGAGUCGGCCCAAAGCACCAGCCAACCUUAGAUGGAUCGAAGCAUCAGGACACAUCAAAACCUGCCUGGCUUUUAGCUCUGGAAAUAGUGACAGGAACCAUGGUUGGUUCUCUCUGUAUCAUUGCUCUUCUCACUGCUCUUCAGAGAUGCAAAAGCAAAUCUUCUAUCAUAAUCCCUUGGAAAAAAUCAGCAAGUGAGAAGGAACAUAUGCAAGUAUACAUAGAUUCUGAGAUGUUGAAGGAUGUAUUUAGAUUCAGCAGGCAAGAGCUUGAAGUAGCAUGUGAAGAUUUCAGCAACAUAAUAGGCUCCUCACCAGAUAGUUUAGUCUACAAAGGCACUAUGAAAGGUGGGCCCGAGAUUGCUGUGAUAUCCCUAUGCAUCAAAGAGGAGCAUUGGAUGGGCUAUCUCGAGCUCUAUUUUCAGAAGGAGGUGGCAGAUUUGGCAAGAUUAAAUCAUGAGAAUACAGGAAAAUUACUGGGCUAUUGUCGAGAGAGCUCUCCAUUUACAAGAAUGCUGGUUUUUGAAUAUGCAUCAAAUGGAACACUCUAUGAGCACCUUCAUUAUGGAGAAGGAUGCCAAUUAUCAUGGACGCGGCGCAUGAAGAUUAUUAUAGGGAUUGGCCGUGGCCUAAAAUAUCUGCACACAGAACUUGAUCCACCAUUUACCAUAUCCGAGUUAAAUUCGAGUGCUGUGUAUAUCACAGAAGAUUUUUCUCCCAAGCUAGUUGACUUUGAAAGUUGGAAGUCAAUUCUUUCAAGAUCAGAAAAGAACUCAGGCUCCAUUGGCAGCCAAGGUGCCAUCUGUGUUCUUCCAAAUUCUCUGGAGGGACGCCAUCUAGAUGUUCAAGGCAACGUUUAUGCAUUUGGUGUACUUUUGCUGGAGAUUAUGAGUGGGAGACCUCCAUACUGCAAGGACAAGGGUUGCUUGGUUGAAUGGGCUAGGGACUAUCUUGACCUACCAGAAGCAAUGUCAUAUGUGGUGGAUCCUGAGUUGAAACAUUUCAGAUAUGAUGACCUUAAAGUCAUAUGUGAGGUGGUGAAUCUUUGCAUUCAUCCCGAACCCACCAAGCGGCCAUCCAUGCAAGAACUGUGCACCAUGUUGGAGACCAAAAUUGACACAUCCAUAUCUUCCGAGCUUAAGGCAUCUUCUCUGGCGUGGGCUGAGCUUGCACUUUCAUCGUGAUUGAGUUAUGAAACCUAACACACUGCAAAUCUGAAAUAUACAACUGUAAUUCUCCUUUCCUUCCUCAAUUUUUUUGUUUUAUCGGGUUCUUUGUAAAUGCUUGCAUGCUAAAAGAAACAUAGAGCUUCAUGCAUGGCAAAUCCUCUUUGUAUACCAUUGGUUGAUCAGUAAAGUUCUGAAAUUUCUGAACACGAUUAAGGUCUUGUUAGUAAAGGAUGACUAUUUUCUCCUCUU